AUGUUGCAAAGAGCAGCAAGCAAUGCAUAUUCAUGGUGGUGGGCUAGUCACAUCAGAACAAAACAAUCAAAAUGGAUGGAGCAAAACCUUCAAGAUAUGGAGGAAAAGGUACAGCAUGCUAUAAAACUCGUAGAGGAAGAUGGAGACUCGUUUGCAAAAAGAGCAGAAAUGUAUUACAAAAAGAGACCGGAGCUGAUAAGUUUUAUCGAAGAAACAUACAAGGCUUACCGAGCUUUAGCGGAACGAUAUGAUCACAUUUCGACAGAGUUGCAGAAUGCUAAUAACACCAUUGCUUCUGUUUUUCCGGAUCGAGUUCCGUAUAUGGAUGAAGAAGAGGACGGUGGAUCGCCGAGGACUCCGAAAAAAACGCCGACGGAAGGGUACAAACCAAAUGUUCCAAAGCCUCCUCUUAGAGAUUUGAAAAGCGUGGUAACAGCAGCGACGACAGCCCCGAAGAAACUUAAUGCAAAAAAGACUGCAACGUCGUCGGUUGCUUCUAAAGUUCCUAAAUCUGGAUUAAGCAGAAAGGAGGCGCUUGAGGAAGUUGACAAGCUGCAGAAACAGAUUCUGUCUCUUCAAACUGUCAAGGAGUUUGUGAAAAGCUCAUACGAUAAUGCAAUGGCGAGGUACUGGGAAACGGGAGAGAAGAUCAAGGAGUUACAAGAGAAAGUUUCUGAUCUGCAAGAUGAAAUCGGAGAAGGUAUUGUUAUUGAGGACGAUGAAGCGCGCCGAUUGAUGGCUGAAGCUGCUCUUAAGUCAUGCCAAGAGACAUUAGAACAGUUGGAAGUGAAACAGGAAAGUUCAGUUGAUGAAACCAAAGUUGAAUCCGAAAGAAUAAAAGAUGUUAAGGCGAAAUUAGCCUCUCUCAUGAAUGAGUUUCAAUAUGAUCGGAGCGAGUCCAAAGAGCCGACGGUCAAAAGAGAUGUAACAAACGUAGCAGAGAGAAAGCACUUGGAAAACAAAGAGGGGGAAUUGACACAACAGAUACAUGAUUUGCAGUCGUUACAGGAAACUGUUAAGGUGCACUUUGAGGCUAGCUCUCAUUCGUCUCUGGCUGCGACAGAAAUGGCGGAGAAGAUUGAUGAGCUUGUGAACAAAGUGGUUAGCUUGGAAACUUCGGUUUCAUCUCAGACUGCUCUAGUGAAUACAUUGAGAACAGAAAUUGAUGAACUUCAAGGCGAUGUUCGAGCUCUGGAAGACGAUAAGGAAAGUCUGAUCAAAGAUAAAAAUAAACUGAACGAACAACUGAGAGAAAUGGAACAGAAGAUUCUUGUGGUUCAAGAUCUAAACCAAACUGUUGAAGAUCAGAAUAGCGAUCUCCAGACUCAUUUCACCGAAGCACGUUCCAGUAUCGAUCUCCUCUCAGUGCAAGUCCAAAGUUUGCAGCCAAGUGAGGAGGUUAAGGUAGCAGAUUCAUCAGACCAAAAUGAAUCAAAACAUGAACCUGAAGGGAAAGUAACUGAUUCACCAGAAAAUAAUCUUAAGGUCCCUAAUACCUUAGAAACGGAAGGAGCAGCCUCAGUGGAAAACAAACCUCCAAAAGAGUUAAAAGAACAAGAGAAGGAUCUUAAUCCGGUAGAAAGUAAUGGAAGACAAACAGGAGCCUUGAGUACAAUUACAGCUACUGAAAAUCAUUCUUCGGAGAAUUUCGAGAAACUGGAAGAAAAUGAUGCUAAAAAAAGUUCAAGUAAGACAGAGAAUACUCUUGGAGAUGAUCACAAAGAGAAUGGAAAAGAAACGGUAGCUGUGAGUACAAUUACAACUACUGAAAAUCAUUCUUCAGAGAGUUCUGAUAAACUGCAAGAAAAUAAUGCUGAGACAGUUUCAACUAAGGCAAAGAACACUCUUGGAGAUGAUCAAAAAGACGGUGAAAAAGAAACAGUGGCUGUGAGUACAAUUGCAACUACUGAAAAUCAUUCUUCGAAGAGUUUUGAGAAGCUGCAAGAAAAUGAUUCUGAGCACAGUUCAACGAAAACCAAGAAUACUCUUGGAGUUGAUCAUAAAGAGUAUGCAACAGCAGCAGAGGAUGAACCUGAUUGGAGACGAAUGUUUCUGAAUGGACUGCAAGAGAGAGAAAAAACUCUUCUAACUGAGUACACUAAUACUCUUCGAAAUUACAAGGAUUUGAAGAAGAAGCUCGUCGAAAUAGAGAACAAAAAUCAAGACAAGCACUUGGAUUGUUGUUUGAAAUCUGAGUUGCAUGAACUGAAGACAUCUAAUUCCUUGAAAGAUCAAGAAAUAAGAAAUUUACAUCGGAAACUCAGUCUUUUGCAGAUAACCUUGGAGGGAAAUGAGGACAUGACUGACUCAACUUCAAUUCUACCACAAGAAGAACAUGACAUUGAAAAACUUCUAAAUAUUGAUCAACCUGAAUCUACAUCAGCUAUUGAAGAGAAGUUCCGGUCCAAUAUAGAUGAAGUUUUAGAGGAAAAUUUAAGUUUUUGGUUAAAAUUCAGUACAACUUAUGCUGAGAUACAAAGGUUUGAAACCACUAUCAAUGAUUUGCAAACCGAGGUAUCAAAACUUGAGAAAAAAGUAAAGUCAGAAGGAAGUAGCAGUUUAAAGCAUAGUCUAAAAUCAGAUGCGCGGCCGAUUUACAAACACCUGACAGAGAUUCAAACUGAUAUAACAGUCUGGUUUGAGAAAAGUGUACUGCUGAAAAAAGAACUGCAGUGUAGAUUCUCGUCUCUGUGUGUCAUCCAAGAGGAGAUAACAAAUGCAUUGAAAGCCAGUGCUGAAGAUGAAGAUUUCAAGUUCACGAGCUAUCAAGCAGCCAAGUUCCAAGGUGAGGUUUUGAACAUGAAACAGGAAAACAAUAAGGUUGCUGAUGAACUUCAAGCAGGUCUAGAUAUGGUAACAUUGCUUCAACUUGAAGUCGAAAAGGCACUUGUGAAGUUGAAUGAGCGAUUUGGGUUAUCUACUUCAAAGAGAGAAGAAAGUGGACUACUAAGUCAGUCAGAAUCUCGGGCUAGGGUUCCUCUGAGAUCAUUUAUCUUUGGCGUGAAACCAAAGAAACAAUCCUUUUUCUCCUGCAUGGCCCCUGGAAUGAAUAAAAGGGUCAAGUCUGCUAAGGAUUAG